AUGGGGAGGACUAAAUACACCACUGCUCACCUAUUACAGGUCAAAGAGCUGCUCCAAGCAGGUUUCUCAACAAGGGAGAUAGCAACUAAACUGUCUAUCAACAAAUCCAGCAUUGCUGAACUGGCAAAAUGGGCAUUACUCACCAGAGGAAUUAGCAAGAAUUCUUAUACUUCAGCUACUGAAGCUUCAGCCCACUGGCUAUGGAACUAUCAACUUCAUUUGUCCAGACAAACCAUUACACAUGCACUGAAGCAAGCUGGACUUAAGUUUAGGGCAAAAGAAGAAAACCCUUGCUCACAGAUAAACAUAGAAAGGCAAGGAGGGUGUUUGCCAAGGAGUAUAGACAUUGGACUGUUGAACAAUGGAAGAAUGUCAUCUGGAGUGAUGAAUGCAAGGUUCAACACAUUGGAAAGGGCUUGGAAAAACAAUACUGGUCCAUGGAUGUCAACUAUGAUAUCUAUAUACCUACACUGCAGGGGGGUUGACCACAGCAUCAUGAUUUGGGGGUGUAUGACCUGGGCAGGCCUAGGUCUAAUGGUCUAUAUAGAUGACAAACUGAAUUCAGAGUGUUACAUUGAGUUGCUGGAGGAAGUGGUGCCUGGUAGCAUCUUGAAGUGGAAGAAUAUACAGAGAAUUCCACCAAGGGAUAAAUUGAACUUUCAGCAAGACAAUGCCUGCCCUCACACUGCCAAAGUCACCAAGGAGUACCUGGAGGAGGUCAAACUCAAUGUAUUGCCCUGGCCUGCAAUGUCUCCAGACCUGAAUCCUAUAGAACAUGUGUGGCAGCAGCUGAAAAAGCAGCUAUAUCAGUAA